AUGCUCAUCAGCGUGUCGGGAUGGUCCGCGCCGAGUUUCGUCUUGCGAGUCUCUAAGACCUACACGUUAAGCCGCUCCGCCUCUUCCCAUCGGCCCUACUUCUUAUACGUCGACGCUAGGUUGGCCAUGCUCGUUAGCGUGUCGGGAUGGUGGGCGCCGAGUUUCGUCUUACGAGUCUCUAUGACCUACACAAAGAGCUGCUCCGCCUCUUCCUAUCGGCCUGAUAACCGGCUGCUAGCGUCUGCCUCUCACGAUCAUACUAUGCGGCUCUGGGACUCAGUGACCGGGGUUCUAUACCAGACUCUCGAGGGCCAUUUAGAUUUGGUUACUUCGAUGACCUUCUCGCCUGACAGCCGGCUGCUGACGUCUGCCUCUGACGAUAAGACCGUGCGGUUUUGGGACUCGGCGACCGGGACCUAA